AUGACGAAAAGCGGGCCCAGAAGCGUCCCUCGGAGCCGGGCGGGCCCUGCUGAGCACCUGCGGCUCUCCGUGCUGGCGGGCGGGGGAAGCGGCGCUUCGGAACCGCGCGGGAAGCAGGGAGCCACAGUUGCUAAAGUGAUUGACAGGUUUGAGGAUGAGACUGCAGAUGACAUUUUACCUGUUGGUAAUAUACGGAAAAAAGCUUCGGCCUCCCUCUUAGAAGCUGAUAAAAGGUACAGUGGAAAAGCAACAUCUCGCAAAGCCUUGCAGCAAGAGCUCUGGGGAGAUGCUCUCUCUGAAGAAGGAUCUGCUGAAGAAGCCUUAGAUGAGUGGUAUAGUGGCAGUGAAGAUUCGGAAGACAAUGGCAGCUUGGGCAGUAAAACAGAGGAGCAGGCCAGCAGUGCUGGCAGUGACCAGGAGGAUAAUAUGGAAGAUGAUGAAGAGAGAGGUUCCUCUGCCAAAGCACCGAAGUUCAGUUUCCAGAGUAUCACAGACUUUGAGAAAUUUGCAGAGGGGAUGGAUGAUGUUGGGAGCAGUGAUGGAGAAGAUGAAGAUGAUGCCAGCAUGGAAGAAGGAAGUGAUGAUGAGAAAUACGAGGGGGAAGACCAUGACCACAUUAAAGACACCAGUGACAACGAGGACGAUGGGGGGGUGAUGACAUUCUCAAAGGGACAAGAAAGUGAUGAGGUGGAAAAAGGAAAAGCGGUGAAGAAUCAGCUAGCGCUGUGUGAUCAGAUCUUGGAAUGCAGAAUCAAGAUGCAGAAGGCACUUGCAAUAGUCAACCGGCUUCCUCAGCCAGAUACUUUCCCCCUUUUCAGAAAGGAAGGUGGACAGGAAUUCGACAGUGCUGUGGAGAGCUGUAAGAAUUCUUCAAACUUCUUACUUUGCGUAGAGUCUGCUGUAGCCAAUGUGUUUUUAUCUGUGUGAGAGGUAAUAUUAAUU